CUACCGUAAGUGGCCUGCAGAUCAGCAGAGAGGGCUCCUGUCCCACGUCCAUGCAGAGUGGCUGCUUGAAGUGCUGCAACCAAAGCUGGAAAUGGAGCCCGUUUCUGACCAGUUCACGCAAUUCCACCCCAUCCAUGGUACCAAUGUUCGACUGGACCACUCGGGAACCCAGGCCACAAGAGUAGAGAGCUUUGCCAACGGAGUUUGUUUUAGCAAAUGCCCCCUGAAGCCUGGAGAGAUUUUUCUAAUAGAGAUUGAAGAUAAGGAGCUGGGAUGGUGUGGCCACCUCCGGAUCGGUCUGACCGCCAGGGACCCCAGGAGCUUAGAGGUGGUACCUGAAUACUCCAUUCCAAACUUGACAGAUUUAGGGGACAGCUGGAUAUUUGCUAUCACGCGCAACCAUAACAAGAUCGUCGAGGAGGCUGAGGUCAUAGAGCCCAGGCAGGGAGAACUGGUCGGGGGACGGAGGCUUGGGCGAAGGGAGGAAGAAGACGGGGCUGGAGAUCAGGCAGAUGAACGAACGGCCAGGAACAGAAAACCAAAAACUUUCUUCACCGACACCCACUUGUACAUCGAGAAUGUUCGAAUUCCCAGAGAUAAGCUGGUUGGUCGGAGCCGGCCCGGGCGCUACAGUCACAUUUUAGACGACUUGUAUAAAACCAACGCCCUGCCUCCCACAGCCAGACGCAGCAGGAUAGGAGUACUGUAUGUGCCUAGAGGAGAAGGCCUGGCUGACAUGCACAUAGUCAUUAAUGGGGAGGACAUGGGAGCUUCUGCAAAGGGAAUCUCUACUGCGGGGCCUCUCUAUGCUGUGGUGGAUGUAUUUGCUGCUACCAAGUGUGUUCGGAUUGUCCAGUCUCAUCCUUGCAGACACUGUGUAGGAAGGCCAUCCAGAAGCACAUUGUUCACAGGAUGGCCAUUGACUGGCUCGAGCUGCCAGAGGCACUCAAACACUACUGCAAGUAUGAAUGAAGGACACAUAGACACGUGGACAUCACUUAAGUGCUAGGUCCCAUCAAGAAUUUGAUAUUUAUUUGGAUGACAUUUAUAAAUUAUAGCGUCACACUCUUUUCACUUGGAGCUGACAUGAAUUGUUUGAGAUGACAAGAUCAAAGUAAAGUAAAUUUAAAUAGUU